AUGUUCAUAAAUAUUCCAAAAUGGACCAGACUUCCUUACUACUUCAAGUUAUCACAACAUUCUCCUGCUAAAUCUUACCUUAAUAAACGUUAUAUCAUAAUCAUUUUAUCUGUUUUAUUAAUAUUCUUCUUCGCAACAUGUUAUUAUGAUUGGGAUGAUCCAGAGACUUGGGCAUUCAAUAGGCGAUAUCUUAGAACUGAUAUGUUAUUAAAAGAUGAUUCUUCUAGAAAAAAAGUUGAAGGACUGGAAUGUAGUCGAUACCUAUUAGGAAAUGAAACUGAUCUUCAUGAAUAUCGGAACCUUGGUCGAUUUGUUUUAGAUAUAAAAGAUUCCGAAAUCAAGAAUAGUUGCUCAGAUAUUAAUCGAAUUCUAGGAAACAAGAGACGAAACUCUCGACUAACCAAUCCGUAUGCUGUGAGCAGAGUUGUUUAUGAGAACUACUACUGGCUCUUAGAUCAACUGGAGCAGAACUAUUCUCCUCAGAAUAUAUACUGUUUCUCUGUAGAUUCGAAGUCUUCCGCUGAUUUUUAUGGAGCUGUGAAACAACUAGAGAAAUGUAUUCCGAACGUUUUUGUAUCCUCAAUUAGAUACUCUUAUGAUUCCAAUGGGCAUUACAUCAACUUCGGUCACUGGGACUGCACUAGGACGAUGCUGAGGUUUUCUUCGAACUGGAAGUACGUCCUAUGGCUUCAGAACUACGACGUCUUUCUAAAGACUAAUGAAGAAAUAAGUCAGAUUAUUCGCUUUUUAAACGGCUCUCAAUCAGUGGGGUACAAGCAGGCUCAUUUGAAAAGAUACAAUUUUUUGAAAGGAUGGACAGCACGUUCGCUGAAAUUAUGGAAAAACGAAUCUUCGAUAUCUCAGAGACAAGCGAAUGCCGUUCUCAAAAUUUCGCAAAUGUACAAUGAAGUCUUUCUUUCACGUCAACUAAUUGAAUAUGUCAACUCUAAUAUGAACCUGAUGAAUUUGAUGGAAGCGUUCGAGCAACCUUUGAGGUUUGCUACUGACGAACUAUUGUGGGCGACACUCUUGGCUUCUCCUGAUUUGGAACUCCCUGGCCAAGUGGAAGGAGGAUGUCGUCGACAGGAUACUUACAUCACUCGCUAUAACGAAUGGGAGGAUUACGUGAAGUGUAAGAGCGCCUACAGUCGUCACGGCACUUGCUUAUUUGGGAUGGAGUAUUUGAAAUUGUUUUCUGACCUUCAUCAAAUAGUAGCAAAUAAAAUAAUGCCCCGUUUUGAUUAUGGCAUAGUACUGUGUAUGGGCGAGCUGAUUCACAAUAGAACAUAUGGUAUAGCCGAUUCGUCGCCUUCCAUGAAUAUUUAUUCAGGAAUCUCUCAAGGAUAUUGUUGA